UUUUGUUGUCUAGAAUUUCAUUUCUUUUUUUGACGCUGUCCAGAGGUGUCAGGUCUUCUACAGUAAUAUAUUUAAAUAUUAUAAUUAUAUAAGUGAAGAAUCGUAUAUUAGAUAGAAAUUAGAAAUGUCUCCUAUUAGGCAGCACUAUUCAUCAAGUACCGUUAAUCAGUAUGAAUUAUCGUCAAGAUUAUUGUCGCUAACCGAAAAUGACGCUUCCUACACUUUGACGCAGAUCAAUGGGCAAAGAAUUUUCAAAAAAGCUCCCCAUGCUUGGCAGGGACCCGAACCAUCUAGAAAAUGUGAGGUUUUUAUCGGAAGAAUUCCUCAUGAUUGCUUUGAGGAUACAUUGGUCCCAUUGUUUCGCCGGGCGGGUGAUUUGUUUGAGUUUCGCCUGAUGAUCAACUUUUCCGGAUGGAAUAGAGGAUAUGCGUUUGCAAUGUACGCAACGGAAUCUGAAGCGAGCAACGCCAUCCGCAUGUUCAACAACUACAUGAUCAGACCCGCUUGGCUCCUGGGUGUCUGCCCCUCUAUUAACAAUUGCCGCAUAUACAUCUCGCGCAUUCCGUCAACAACGCCGUCGGCCGACAUCGUGCGGCUGCUGUACGCGUUGACGGACGAGGUGCAGGAGGUGCGCAUCCGGCGCUCCAUGGCGUCGUGUGCCGCCAUUGUGGAGUACCGUUCGCACCGCGGUGCGGCCAUCGCGCGCAAGGCGCUGGUGGCCGCGGCCUCGGCGGCAUGGGGCGCCGGCGCGCGCCCCGUCGUCGAUUGGUCCCUCCCGCAGUCGCCGCAGCUGUUGCGCCAGUAUCGCGAGGUGGGGCGCUGGAGUCCCGAGCGUGGCGUGGAGCUGGUGCGCACGGCGGAGGAGAUGGGCUCUCCGCCGCCGCUUGCCGCUGCCGCCUCGUACUCGCUGGAGCCCUGGGUGCAGGUGCGCCGCAUGCGCAUGAUACACGAGGCGGCGCAGCGCAACACGGCCGCGCACAAUGAUUGGGGCAAUAGCAGCAUGUCCAAUGACAUGGGUCUGUUUACGGCGUCGAUGGCGUCGCUCAAUCUCGGCGGCGGCCUUGGCCUGGAGGAGGAGCGCGCCGUGUGGUCACCCGUCGAGCCGGCCGCCGCCGCAGAGGAUUACCUGCCUGCUUUGCAACGCAACGGCGGUGAACCAUUUACAUACCGUAAUGGCGGCAUGACUCCUGCACCACGCAAUGGUAUCGUUGCUUCUGCAUCAUACAAUAUUGGUGCGGGAGCAGCAGCAGCAUAUAAUGGCGGCGCUUUAGCUGGUGGAGCCCGCAACGGCGCAGUGCCGUUGGCCUCGCCUGGUGGCGGCGGCGAGGGCGCUGGAGACUUGGGCGGGUUAGAGGGGCUAGGCCCCCUGGGCGGGCUGGAAGGUCUGGGCGAGCGCGGGGACGGGGCGGCAGGCGCUCCGGACGCGUUCCCGUCGCCGCCGCCGGGCGAGUUCAACCCGUGGACCGCGUACCAUCCGAUGCAGGAUUUCAUCGGCCGCAACGCCAGGGAGUGAGUCGCUCGCCCUUGUAUUCAUCACUGUGCAGGGUUGCUUUGGUUGAUGGACCCCCAAUAGACCUAGAUGUUUUUAAAUAAUAACUUUGAAAUAUUUUAUGUAUUCUACCAUGAUUAUGCAUGAUUAUGGUAAUGGCAAUAACACAUAGAAUAAAAUAAUUUUAUCAUAAGUAUAUUUGAUGCAUACUAAAUAUGUUCUAAAUUUUGAUUUGCCCUGCACAGUUUAUCCUGCAUCUAUUUUUUCUUAAUGUUGUUUCUUUGUCAAUGUUGAUUAAUUUUUUUAAUGAAUUAGGAAUAACUAUCCUAUUUUUAAAAUUUGCAUGCCAACGGAAUCACACGGUUUUCGAACGGUGUCUGGGACAGCUUUAUCAAACAUUUUUAGCAACUGGAAGUUCUAUUUUUGCUUACAAUACUUAAAUAUUUAUACUUCAAAGGUAGCUGACAAAACUGACCCACUCGUAACUUAGCAUUAAAACUGCGAUAUUGCAAUUAGAAUUACCUACGUUAUUGCCUUGGCGGCGAGUCCUUGAGAGUCGCGCGUGUCGCGAUAUCCCUUGCGCAUCCACUAUAAAACAAGAGAGGUAAAAGAAAAUAUUUUAGAAACUUUUAAUUUAAACAUAUAUUUUAAUUAAGAAUCUAAUUGGAAAGUAUAAUUGAAUGUAUUAAAUUUUAUGCUUUUUGUAAGACGAAAUGGAUAUAUUUAAGCGUGUGGUUUUUCAUUGUUUAAUCAUUUAGAAUAUGAAUUAAGUGCAACCGCGGCGGAGCGAGGCCUCCGCUCUCGCAUAAGAUAACCGCACGGAGAUAUAUCUAAGUUUUUGAAGUUUUUUUCAAAGAAAAUAUUCAUCUUAUUGUAGUUUACUAUUUCUGUCUAUGGAUUAAGUAUAUUUAAAAUCAGGUUUUAAGAACUUAAAUCAAUUUGGAACUGUUUUCUCUGCAAUAAUAGAGUAUACAUGCAUUAUAAAAUUGGCAAAAUCUAAACCUUUUGUAGUUCGAAAAUAUGAAAUUAUCUCUCGAAGGUUUUUUAGUUUUUAACAUGAUUAUUGCAUGCC